AAAAUUUCGAGGUGUAAAAAAAUCGUGGUGUUAAGCUAUACAAUGUGAAAAAAUCCGAUUGCUGUUUUUUUGAUGUUGUAUAUUUAAAUACGGAAAACAAUAUCUCAAAAGUGUACUUAUAAAACGGUAAUAUAGCCCCACAAAGUCGGAUUGGUGAUGGCUUUAACGGAAGCGGACAUUUACCAUGUAUUCGAAGCGAUUCUUAAUGAUGAUAUCGGAAUAAUCAAGCGUGCCAUCAAAAGGGGAUUUACUGCCCUUGCAAAAAGUCCAACCACGUCAGACAUGGCUUUGCACUUUGCUUGUCUUAAUAGCAAACUUACGGUCUUGGAUUUACUGAAGCCUACGAUGAAAGAUGGUGAAGUAGAUACUAUCAACAUUGAUGAAGAAGACGAUUCAAUAUGUGGGACCGCCUUACAUAUUUCUAUGGACGGACAGGUAGAUCCAGAAGUUGUUAAAAAGCUUCUUCAGUUUGGUGCCAAUCCCAACGCCCUUGAUGCCAAAGGUUGCCCUGUGAUUCACGAGCUUAUAUACAGAGCUUGGGAGGAGUUUCAGGCAGACUUUGAAGACAAUUCUAGCGACAACAUUAAUGAAUCAAUCAAGGAACAAUGUACGUUCGAUGCUCACAUGAUUAAACUCGAUCGUUUAAAUACAGGUGCUGUAAAUGCUGGUGGCUUAAUCUGGAUGGAAUAUAGUGAUCCGUGUAAUGAAAGUACUGAAGUUCAAAAUGAUGAAACCAUGGAAAAAUUGAAUGGGAGCAGUUGCAUAGCGCACACGUCAAAGAAUGUGCAAACAAACAGGUGUACAGAUACACUAUAUCAGAGGGUAGAUGAUGACAUCGGUGAAGAUAAUGAAGAGACAUCAUGUGGGCGAGUCAAUAAAAUUUUCGAAUUUGAUGCUCCGCGUAUAUUGGAAAAAGUUCGACUGUUAUGUGACUUUGGUGCUAACAUGAAUAUAGUACAUGCUCAAACUAAAAUCACACCUCUUCAUUUCUGGUUUCAAAACUUCAAUUGGAUGAUGGCUGAAUGCAACAUAAAACAGUCUAUUCCAGAAUGGUGUACUGUAUUUCUAAAUACACUGUUAAAUUGUGGGGCGUCAAUAAAUAGUGUAGCUUCCAGAAACCAAACAACCCCUCUUGUAUAUUUAACACAAAGACAUUACAAACCAGACUUUGCGUCGUAUAUGGAUUCAUUGAGACAUUUUUCCGGCGAAGUAUUCAAUAAAUUCAAACUCUUUAAACAUCAAGAUAUCCACGGGAGAGUCCUGUUGCAUCAAGCUGUUGAACACUGCAAUAUUGUUGUAGUCCAAGAAUUGGUCAAAUUCUAUGAAGAUGUAAAUAUGAGAGACCGGUUUGGUUUGGCCCCUUUGCAUUUGUGUACUCACACACUGACAAGUGACGAAGCCCCGUUUGUGAUUGAGAUGAUUGAAGCACUAGUUAAACAUGGUGCCGAUGUCAAUGUUCAAGACGAUUUCGGUGCCACGCCUCUACAUCAUGCUGUGAACUUCAACAACCAUGCUGCAAUAGAAUGUCUGUUGCGGAAUGGUGCCUCCCUGUCCAUUGAAGACACACACAGCAGAACUACAAAGGAUGUAGCUGAAAUACAAGGCGAUGCUGCGACAUUAAGGCUUAUCGGGCUUGAGUCAACGCUAAAUCAAUCAGGACCAAUUGUAUCCGAUACUCGACACGGCUUGAUAUUUCAACUCUGUUGCCAUAAAGAAUGUUCUUUGAAUAGUCGCGGCUUUGAAGAACCGGAACAUGUGGCCGGCAAUUUUAUUGAUAAAUGGCUUGUACAAUUUCCAAUGUGUUGGCACAAUAGAAAAUUAGUUCUGGAAAACUCAAUUUCUCGGCUUCAGUUUAAUAUGUCACAAAUUGUUUUAAUUGAUGAAGACUCGCGAACAAUGAGAAAGGAAAUAUUUGAAUUUGCUUUGCGACUUGCUAAAUCGAUUAAAAUGCAGAACCCGUUAUUUGAAUCACAUGUCGUGUUUGGCGGCAGCGUUGCAGAAGAGACAAAAGUAGGAAGCUGUGAUGAGUUUGAUAUUGUGUUUGAUUUAGUAAGAAUACGAGAAAUUGUUGAAAUGUCCGAUGUUGAGGACGAAACUUUGAAAGGUUUUGUCCACUUGAAAGCAAAUCAUGUAGAGGAGUUUAAAAAUUACUCUGUUAAACACUUACUUGAUGAAAAUGGGUUUCUCAAAAGGUCUGAUGUAAGCAAUCAGUUUCACAAAUACAUUCAAAACGCAUUGAACGAUGCGACAACGUGGCAAGGUACAAGAUUCUUUGGAUUUUGGGGCAACACGAAUUUACAAGGUGAAUGUUUUAAUAUUGGUCAAUUACAAUUGGUUUGGUAUGGAUCUUAUUUGAAGAGAGAAGAUGUAAGUGUUGAUAUAGCCCCAAUUAUCAGAUUCAGAGAUUGGAUUCCAAAAAACUGGAUAUCCAAGAACAAUUUAGUAAAUGAAAGCACAGCCAAAUCCAUCGGAUGCUUCCUGAUGAUGAAAGAUGUUAAACGCAAUAUUGAUGAGAAUGAUGAAAUCGUUUCACGGAAUAGGGAAAACUUACUGUUUAAAGUUUCCAUUUCACAGGUUGAACAUGCGACUAUGAAAUUCGCUCCGAGAUGUGCAACAAAUGGAUAUAAAAUUGCAAAAAGCAUUCAGCUGCUAUGUCCACAUUUGCUGUUCAAUUUCGAACAAACUCUGAAAUUGUCAACAGAAAGAGUACGAACAUGCGAACAUGAUAACACAACUGACACUUUUCUUGCACUGUUUGAAGCUUCAGAAUUCGUUACAAGCUAUGUCCUAAAAACGGGACUGUUUUAUGAAUUAGAAAGUCGUGGCUUUGUCACGGAAUUUUCUGCAAACGAUUCGGAACCAAUCAAAUGGAACAAUAUGAUUCUUUCCGGUGACGUUUUUGAGCGAACGAUGCCGAGUAAAGACGAAAUUCAAGAGUCGGUGCUUUGGGCCUUGAGUAUCUACAAGAAAAUACAAGCACUUGUCGUGGAACGGAAGCAUGUUCCCGAGUUUUUCUUGGCGCAAAUGGAGGCUACAAAGGUUCCAGGGAAUUCCGACGAGUUCGUUCUUGUGAUGUCGGGGUUUCUGAAAUGCGUCAUAUACUUCCUGGAGAACUUUGAAAUUCCCGAUGACGUCUUGAAAUAAAUAUCAGAGGAGAUUGGCGAGUUAGAUCACGAUAUUGAACGGAUGUUCUUUUUGUUCAUAAUACUGAAGUGUUUUUUUUUCCAAAACUUUAUUGUGGUUUUGUUACAAUAAUUAUUGUUAUUAUCAUUGAAUCAAUAGUGUUGACACAGGUUUUCGGCUUUGUCCAGUUUUAAACUUAUACACACAUUAAUAUG